UGGAUGCAAUCCAUGGCAGCGACAAUCGUGAGAGAAGGUGAGGAUGGCACUAUGCCCACUGAAAUUAGAAAAAUGGUUUGGGAUAAUGCAAAUAAGUUUGAAAGAAAGUUUCAGUCUUGGUGGCAUUUAGUUAACUUCACUUACGACCCUGUUACUAAUUAUGUCGUAGCUUUUGUCUUGACAAUAAGUAAUGCUUCUGUAUAUACGGCACAUCCGAUCAUAGCACUAGGCUUGAAUCAUGAUGGGAUCAUAUUGUAUCCGACAGAGCAUCGGGUAUGGGCACUUCGAAAGGAAGGGAAAUGGCAGACUGCGGAUGUUAGCUCGUGUGCUGUACGGGAACAGCAAGGAUUUAUUUGUGAAAGUAAUACCCUUGAGACUCAAGAUAUCUGUCUUGACACCGUACAAAAUAUCUGCCACUUUGAGGUCCAACCUGGUAUAAAGUCCAAAACAAUGCUCGAAUAUAUUGGAAAGGGAUGUGCUUGCAUGAGAACCCAUUGUGAUUCCAUUCGAAUAGGGGAUAUGGUUGUAGAUACCAGCAAUCAUUCAAAUCUCUGUGUUUGUAACUUUAUUAGUGUUUUAGGAUGUGAUUUUAACUAUACAGCUCCUGUUACAUCGCACCAGCUACUACAGUCUAACUACACGUUGAUCCAAUACUUAGAGCCCGCACUGAUCGGAAUGAAUCUCGCUUUGGUAAGGAAGCUUCUACAACAUGAGGACCUGUACAAACUGCUAAAUCGCAUCAGAGAUAAUGGACAGAAAACUUUGAUCACUGUUCACCAUGAUAUGGAAGAAAUACAUCGUGUCCUAGAGAGAGUAAAGAAGGACGGUGAAUACCACUGGUGGGAAGUUCUUUUUGGAUGGUCCCCCACAGCAACGGGGAUAUUUAACUCUAUACUGCACCCGGUAGUAGUUGUGUUAGGAUUAGUAUUAUUAUGCUUAGUUCUUACAGUUAUAUUAUGUAAAGACGUGGCGCUUGCUGAGACGAGUGUCCCGACUUGAUUCAGUAUUAUCUAAGGAUGCACUACAUCGCCUCUUGUAAGAUUCAUUUUAAGGCCAGUAGGCUGCUGGACUGCUAGGGUAGAACUCUGCAAUAACGUUUAAACAAUCAAUGCCUGGGAUACCAUAGGCUUCUCAAAAGAUUGUAACUGGAUUCGCAUACGCGUUGUUACAGGCAUGUUUAACUCUGUUUAACUCUAUUUUGUAUUCAGUUAUAGUUGUAUUAGAUCUAAUAUUAAUAUGCUUUCAUAUUAUAUAUAUAGAUAUAUAGGUGUAUUACAUAUAUAAGUAUAGUGUAUGCUGAGACAAAUGACUCAUAUGGCAAAUGCCAAGAUGAACGAAUCAGCAUCGAGAGAAUGCAAUAUAUAGCUUUACAUAGAACUCACGUUUAAGAUAUUAGGAUUAUUAGGAUUAAUAGGUUAUAGGGUUACUAGGGUAGGAUUAUUUGGCGAAUCGCGAUGUAACGGGGCAAAAGGCUUAACCGAGAGGACAAUGGCAUGUAUAGGCGCAAUGUGGGGAUUUCGGGGUGUACGCGGUUAGGGUCCUCUCGAGUUGUAGUAGAUUUGCUUGAGCUUAGGGAGGGGGAGAUGUAGUUAACAAAAUACGCAAGUUAGAGAUGUAGUCAACAAAAUACGUAAAGCGGGGGCUGUCAAGGUCACCAGGUGUAACCAGGCGUAA